AUGUUGGAAUGGGUGGCUGACGUAGUCGAACACUGGCCGGGAGGGUCGGGAACAGACCGAGCCUUUACAGAGGCCUUUACGGGGGCGUGCGCAGGCGUGCGCGAGCGCGGACGCGAGCCGAUCCGAGUCGGCCGGUUCCAUUCCUGUCCGUUGCCACGACCUCGGCGGGGGCUGGCCAACUACCACUGGGUCGUUCCCAAGCUGGAGCCGCUUCGAGACCCGAUGCGCACACCGCCAGUCGAUAUUCUCCCCGACGAGCUGCUCCAUCGCAUCUUCUGCUUCGUGCAGUCCGAGCCGCUGUCGACCACUGCCCCCCUGCGCUCCUCCCGCCGUGCGGGCUCGCCAUCGACUGCGCCGUCCGCGCCCGCGACGAGUCUUGGCAACGCGAUCUCGUUCCAACUCGGGCGCAUCCGAGCCUCGCUUGAACGCUUGCGCAAUCAGAAUGGCCAAGCAGAGCGCAUCAGUCAGAGGAUGGAUCAGAUGGGCCUCUAUGGACUGUCGAUCGAUCGGUCGAGUCGCGAGCUGAUCGCGAGCAGGGACCGCGUCGCCGCGUUACGAUCGUUCUCGCUCGUUCAUCGUCGAUGGACACCGAUCGCCCAACGCUUGCUCUUCUCCCACGUCGCCAUCACCCAUGAGCUACAGGCCAGGGAGCUGUUCCACUCUCCGACCCCACGCACGCACAGAUUUCAGUCGCUGAGCAUCACCGGCGUCAGUAACGGCGCGGUCGAAGCGCUGUUGUCGCGCGUCACGGCGGUCGCCCAGCUCAGGCUCGCGCUCGUACAGGAGUCACACAAUGCAGUGGGUUGUCAAGGGUCCAUAUUGCACUCUCACGGAUUAAAAGGUGAAUGCUCGUCGUCCACCGUGCUGGGGGAUCCUUGGCUGAUCUGAACUCGGGCAACGCUCUCUCUCCCUUUUUCUCUCUCUCUCUCUCUCGCGACGCCCCGAUCGGACUUAGAUCUCGACACGCUCGUGCUCGGCGACCCGUUCCGGUUCACCGACUGGCCCGACUCUUGGCCUACGCACCUGCGACGCUUGUCCGUUACAUCGUCCGCGUUCUUUGAUUCGAGCGAGCAAGACCGUACUCGGCCAGUCACACGCCACUUCCCUCCCACGCUCUCGGAGCUCCACUUUCGAAUGCGCGGUGCGGACCAGCUCCCUCACCCGCUUCACCGCUUGAUCGAGGCGCUUCCGUCGAACUCGGUCGCGCCCACCCCUUCCUUACCCGACAAAAACCCACUCCAACACCUUACCCUCACCUUGGACGUAGUCCCUUCCCACUACGACUCGACCCACGAACUCGACCAAGAACCCGACGCCGACGAGUCACUCGAAACGUCUCGUCGGAUCGACCACUUCGUACAAGGAGUCACCGACCUCGUUCUCUCCGCUCAGUUCCCUACCUCGCUCCAGCACCUCAGGAUUCAAUUCAUCAUCCCCGACCUGAACGAAGUGACGCGUUCGGAGACCGAUCCGUUUUGGGGAACGGGAAUCGAAACCGAUCCUUGGGAUUGGCGCCUCUAUCCGAGUACGAGGGGUUGGGUUCCUGUGGACGAGAUGUGUGCGGAGCGAGGGAUCGAAUUCGAGAUGAGCCGCUUCACGAGGGAUCACGAAGAAAGGACGUUUUGGAAGGACAGAUGGAACAGCUGA